GCUCCGAGUCCCUUCAACAGCUCGACGACUGUUGAUUCCACAUCUCUGCUCCCUCCACUCUUUCGGUGUUUUUGCGAGCGAUUCUCAAAAUGCCUGCCCUACGGACCUUCGCCCCGCUCCUGCGGACGGCUCGUCUUUCUCUCCGUCAGACACAAAACCCUCUAGUCUCGCUGCAGCGCGAGUCGAGGACACCAGUGCUCAACUUCGCCCGCAACUACGCCGUUUACCAGCGCACCAAGCCUCACGUCAACAUCGGCACAAUUGGUCACGUCGAUCACGGAAAGACAACCCUCUCCGCCGCCAUCACCAAGAGGCAAGCCGAGAAGGGCUUGGCCAGCUACCUCGAUUAUGGUGCCAUCGACAAGGCCCCCGAGGAGCGGAAGCGUGGUAUCACCAUCUCGACCUCCCACAUCGAGUACUCGACCGAGAACAGGCACUACUCCCACGUCGACUGCCCAGGUCACGCCGAUUACAUCAAGAACAUGAUUACCGGUGCGGCUUCCAUGGAUGGUGCCAUCAUUGUCGUCGCCGCCUCGGACGGCCAGAUGCCUCAGACCCGUGAGCACUUGCUCCUAGCCCGCCAGGUCGGUGUCCAGAAGAUUGUCGUCUUCGUCAACAAGGUCGACGCCCUGGAGGACGCUGAGAUGUUGGAGCUCGUCGAGAUGGAGAUGCGUGAGCUGCUUUCCUCGUACGGCUUCGACGGCGACAACACUCCCGUCGUCCUCGGCUCUGCCCUCUGCGCCCUUGACGGCAAGCGCCCCGAAAUUGGCGAGUCCAAGAUCGACGAGCUCAUGAAGGCUGUCGACGAGUGGAUCCCGACCCCCGAGCGUGAUACCGACAAGCCCUUCCUCCUCUCCAUCGAGGACGUCUUCACCAUUGGCGGCCGUGGUACUGUCGUCUCGGGCCGUGCGGAGCGGGGUACCCUGAAGAGGGACUCGGACGUCGAGAUUAUCGGCAAGGGCACCGAGAUCAUCAAGACCAAGGUCACCGACAUCGAGACCUUCAAGAAGUCGUGCGAGGAGUCGCGCGCCGGUGACAACUCGGGUCUCCUCCUCCGUGGUGUCCGCCGUGAGGACAUCCGCCGCGGCAUGGUCGUCGCCAAGCCCGGCAGUGUCACCGCCCACAAGAAGUUCCUCCUCUCGCUCUACGCGCUCACCAAGGAGGAAGGCGGCCGUCACACCGGUUUCCACCAGAACUACCGCCCGCAGAUGUUCAUCCGCUCGGCCGACGAGGCCUGCACGCUCCACUUCCCCGAGGGCACCGAGGACGCCGACUCCAAGAUGGUCAUGCCCGGUGACAACGUCGAGAUGGUGGCCGAGAUCCACAACCCCAUCGCCAUCGAGGCCGGUAUGCGUGUCACCAUCCGCGAGGGCGGCCGCACCGUGGCCACCGGCCUGGUUACCCGUAUCGUCGAGUAAGCUGGCCAUCAGCUAGUCUACGGUUACGGCAGUAAUGUACGAUUGUGAUGCUCUCAGGGGGGUUGGGCUGCGGCAGGAUAGACAUUGGGGCGAAGGGAUGCCCUACUGGGUCUGGGCCCCUCGUCUCAAAGGGCAGUGGGCGGGCGGGCGCUGUGGAAUCGGAAAACCGCUGCUGUACAAACUUGUGAUGAUGUAUUUUUGAGGCGCCAAUUCUGGGGGCCGUUUUGACUCACCCAGGGCCCGCCGAUCUCCCCUCCCCUUCUCGAGUUGUCUUAAUCCUGUACUAUAGAGAUAUAUGAGGCAAUAAUGAAGGUUGAUGAUCUAGCGUUGGAACCACUGGACGCUUGGCCAUGGUGAACGGUGCGUAAAGGAAAACGUUUUGGAUGGCAGGAUACAUUUAGAUCUAGCGCAGACGCCCUCGAUGUGGGGCACGAUCCAGCAAUCUGGAACACAAACAUACCCCUCCA